AUGGAGGAGAGUUUCCUGUACACGACAGCUAGCGCCAUUCCCCGUCGCGCAUCGUUCACGUGGCCCAUUGUCAUAUCACCCUCGUUUGCUUCUCCCGCAGGUGUGGAAAGUACGACGGGAGAAUACGAGGCCGCGUGGGACCGCGUGAAGAAGGAGCGCUGCGUCAGCGACGGGGCCGCCGCGGUCGUCUACGAUAGAUCGUGCUGGGGUUCGUCGCGCGAUACCGCGGACCACCGACAGACGGAGGACGAUCCGUUCAGGACGACGGACACGUAUCUGUCGGUGCAGCAAACGAACUACGUGUGCACCGACUGCGGCAAGGAGUACAAAUGGCUGGACAGCCUGAAGAGGCACAAGAGGGUCGACUGCGGGAACAAAGAGAAGAGGUUCUCGUGUCACAUGUGCAACAAGAAGUUCAAGUAUCGAUACGAACUGAAAAAUCACAUAACCGCGCACCACGGAAUGUAAAUACGCUGUGAUUUAGAUCUAAUUCGCGAUCCAAUUAUAAUUGGCGCACGAAAA